AUGCAAAUUGCCAAAUUGAAAAAGGAACGUUGCCGUUCUUGCCGUUUUGAUCGUUGUCUUCUAGGUGGAAUGGACUUUAGAACUAUACAAAAAUUUCCGGAUGGAUUUAAUAUAGAGCAAAUGUCUGCAUUAUUAACGGAGAAAAAACGUCAACUUGAGGAAAAAUCUUCAAUAAUGCAAAAAGAAAUUGUAGUUAGAACAGAACGACCUGAAGUUGAAUUAUUGCAAAUUUUGUUAUACUCUGACAAUAAUCUCUUGUAUAUUCGUUACUCCGAGACAGACCUUUCUUCAUCAAUUUUUUAUGAUAAAAGUAUAUCUGAUAUUAUAAAUAAUAUUGGUGGAGGAGGUUUAACUUAUUCUAUCUUGUCAAGAUCUGAUCAAUUUUCGUAUCAGAGGAGAGUACCUAAAAGCCUGGCCUUUUACCAGGAACGAUUGAAGGAAUGUGACACACGGAUAAGUGAAGGCCCUGUAUCUCCAAAUUGGCUUUUCAUCGACUCAUUUUUAAUUAUUGAAAUGACAAAAACAUUGCCAGUAUUAAGUCAACUUUCAUUUGAAGACAAAGUAUAUUAA